AUGACGAUUUUAUACGCUUCAAUUGGUUACAAAGGACAAGUACUUGUUGAACAAUGCGUUGAACGUGCUAGUUAUGUUGAUACUGCCAGAGCAUUAUUAACAAAGAUCGCACCAUAUGCAAAGAAGAGUUAUCAAGUUGGUGGACACAACUUUCAUUAUAUCUCUGAGAAUGAUUUGGUAUUCAUUUGCUUUUGUCAUGAGAAGCUUGGUUUUGCCAUCCCAUUUGAUUUCUUGAUGGACAUUCAAUCUAGAUUCACUUCAUCUUAUGGAAACAACCUCCCAUUCAAUACACCAUCAUCUACAUAUGAUCCAUUUGGAAGAGUUUUAGAGGAAAGAAUGAGAUUCUAUUCAAACCCAGGAGCAAACAAAAUCAAUAUGGUCAAGGAUCAAGUUUCAAUGGUCAAGGAUGAAUUGACCAACACUUUGGAAAAGACAAUCAACAGAGGUGAAAAGAUUGAAAUCAUUGUAGAUAAGACUGAAAAGCUUCGUGCUGAAUCUGUUCAAUUCAAAUCAAAUUCUGUUCAACUAAAGAGAAAGUUUUGGUGGCAAAAUAAGAGAUUGACCAUUAUUAUUACUUUAGUAGUUCUUAUUAUUGUUGGUUGUAUUGUACUUGGUCUUUUGAAAUAUUUCAAGGUUAUUUAA